AGUAAAUAAAUUGGCGCGAGUUGUGCGCAUGUAAUUUGGAGGAACAAAAAGAAACAAAUUUCAACAAUGACAGAUAAAGACGAAGGCUUUGAUGAUGCCGUGGAGGAGAGGGUUAUCAAUGAGGAAUAUAAGAUCUGGAAGAAGAACACCCCCUUUUUGUAUGACCUCGUCAUGACACACGCCCUGGAGUGGCCCAGUCUGACCGCGCAGUGGCUCCCUGAUGUCACCAGACCUGAAGGGAAAGACUACUCACUUCACAGACUGAUUCUGGGAACACAUACGACAGAUGAAAUGAACAAUUUGCUGAUAGCCAGUAUUCAGCUUCCUAAAGAUAAUUCCACAUUUGACACAUCUGCGUAUGAUAGUGAACACGGAGAAUUUGGAGGAUUUGGAUCCGUCAGCGGUAAAAUCGAGAUUGAGAUAAAAAUAAACCACGAGGGUGAAGUUAACAGAGCCAGGUACAUGCCCCAGAAUCCCUGUAUCAUAGCAACCAAAACACCGUCAAGUGACGUCCUGGUAUUCGACUACACAAAACAUCCCUCUAAACCUGAUCCCAGUGGUGAAUGUAAUCCUGAAUUACGACUCAAAGGACAUCAGAAAGAAGGAUAUGGUUUAUCCUGGAAUCCUAAUCUAAAUGGACACCUCCUCAGUGCUUCAGAUGAUCAUACAAUAUGUUUGUGGGAUAUUAAUACAAACCCUAAAGAACACAGAGUUAUAGAAGCCCAUACCAUCUUCACAGGACACACAUCAGUAGUGGAGGAUGUUGCCUGGCAUUUACUUCAUGAAAGCUUGUUUGGAUCAGUAGCUGAUGAUCAGAAGUUGAUGAUCUGGGACACCAGGUCAAACAACACAACCAAAGCCAGUCACAUUGUGGAUGCACACACAGCAGAGGUGAACUGUCUGUCCUUUAACCCCUACAGUGAAUUUAUCCUGGCAACAGGGUCAGCUGACAAGACUGUCGCAUUGUGGGAUCUGCGGAAUCUAAAACUAAAACUACAUUCAUUUGAAUCGCACAAGGAUGAAAUUUUCCAGGUUCAGUGGUCUCCCCAUAACGAGACAAUUCUAGCCUCCAGUGGAACAGAUAGAAGACUCCAUGUCUGGGAUCUAAGUAAAAUUGGAGAGGAGCAGUCAGCAGAAGAUGCUGAAGAUGGACCACCAGAACUUUUGUUUAUUCAUGGAGGACACACAGCUAAAAUUUCGGACUUCUCCUGGAAUCCUAAUGAACCCUGGGUAAUUUGUUCGGUAUCUGAGGACAACAUAAUGCAAGUUUGGCAGAUGGCUGAGAAUAUUUAUAAUGACGAGGAACCAGACACACCCGCAGCUGAACUAGAAUCAGCCACUUCAUAGACGGCUUCGACGGAAGGAAGGAGUCGAGAGACCAGGAAAGUCAAUUGUCCACUCAUCACAUUACUGUUUUAUUUCAUUAUUGCCUUGGGAUAUUGAGACUGAAUAUUUUUAUCUCAGUGAAUUUAGAUAAUAUAAUUUAAUUGAACUGUUUGUGUCAUAUUUCUAAUACAUUUAGAAACUUAGUAGUAGCAUUUAUUGUUUAUCAUACUUGUGUAAAGUGUGCAUUUGUACAGUAAAUCAUGUCUAAAUGUCAAA